AUGAGAAACCUUCUUCAGACCCCGCUUAAUAUGCCUGACGACGUCGCUGGUGCACCCAACCCCGCCGAGGGCAAGAGAAAUGUGAGUGAGUCUUUGAUCUUCAAGUUAAAUCUAAAAAAUCUUCAGAAUAAUGGUAGAAAUCGUGGUCAAGGAUUUGGCGGAAACCGUGGUAGAGAAGGUAUUUGAAGGAAAUGAGCUGAAUGUUUGGAAUUGAAGUUUCCAGGAAACAACAACAACCCCGGAAGGAGACCUCCGUCCAACCGUCAGAAUCAGCGACCUCAAAACACAAAAGUAGACAUGAAAAAGUAUGAGAGAAUGAUUUCAGCCGCUCAUGUAAGAAUUCGAAACUUAUUUCUUCGGCAAAUUCAACAUGUUCAGACUAAUUUCUCCGAUAUUCCAUGCGGAAGAAAGACGGCCGAUUGUGAUAUCUGUUGCAAGCCAAACGACGUUUUUGGAGUUCGUUCCGACUUCCGUUGCUCAUUAUAACAUUUCAAUUGUCCAGAUCGGUGCGUGUCGCCAUCCAAUCUGUGUGGAAUGUGCCAUCCGAAUGCGUGUGCUCGGCGACUCGAAGACGUGCCCUGUUUGUCGCUCGGAAAUUGAUGUACUUUCGUUCUGUACAGUUGACGAGGACAUGGCGAGUAUUCCGCUCACGUUUAGAAAAACGACUCAUCCGGAUGAGGACCGAUUUGAAAUCCGAUUUAACAAUCAAGUGUCUGGUACCAAAUAUGAGAAGUAUUUGGCUCAUGUGUGCAAAAUCUGCAAAACGUAUGUGCGAUGAAAGAGAAUAUCGAAUAAUGAAUGUUUUCAGAGAGGAUGGCGAGCGACUCGAGUUCCCCUCGUUUAUGUCACUCCGUCAGCACAUGGCCAACCGACAUGAACUGUCCUACUGUCACAUUUGUACGGAUAAUCUGAAUUUGUUCUCAAGAGAAAGAAAAACGUACACUCGAGAGCAGCUGCAGAGACACAUGAAGAGUGGAGAUUUCGACGACAGGAGCUUCAAAGGACAUCCACAAUGUCUGUUUUGUGACGAGAAGUUUCUCGAUGAAGAAAACAGAUACCGUCAUCUCAGAAAAGAACACUUCUUCUGUCAAUUCUGUGAAUCCGACGGCACUAUGACCAACGUCUUCUUUGGGUUUGUAUUGUUUGAGCACUGCUCCGAUGUUUCACUCUGCUUUUUCUUAGAAAACACGACGAGCUUAAAAGACACUACAAAGAGAAUCACUUUAUUUGUGAAGCGGAAGAGUGCAAGCAGAUGGGAAUUGCUUUGCCACCAAGUUUGAGCUCGAUUUGCACAGAUCAAAUGAUCAUGAUGAAAAGAGAAGAGGAGCAACGCUUGAUAUAGGUUUCGGACAGAGACCAUCGAAUGCGGACACCGGGAGACCGAUGGGAAGGUGACCGAGUGCGGAAGUAGAACGGACAUUCGAACUUUUGUUUUCAGAGGACGAGGCGCGCGAGGCGGCCAUCACAACGAACCGGCACCGCCUGUUCCACGAGAGCGAAUCGCUUUGGUUCAGCGACAAGUGGAAACGAAUCCUCAGAGUGAUCCGAGUGAGUUCACGACGGUCCGAUCUGCUCAGAGCAAGGGCACCUUCACAAGCACGAGAUCCGCCUUCACGACUAGUACUCAAGACUUCCCGAGUCUCGGACCACAAGCUGCUCCUCCGGUUGGUUCUCUGUGCUCUUCUUCAUGAUUGAAUUAUUCAACUUUCAGCCUAGUAUUCGUUCUUCCGAUUUUCCUCGUCUGAACAAGGUUAACAAACCGACGUCAGCUGCAGCCGCAGCGGCCGCUCCAGUCGUCGAGCACUUUCCGACGCUCGGCGAUUCUGCUCCUGCCUCUGCACCGCCCCUUCGCAUAAAAGUUCCUCCUUUGGCGAAAAGACGACAGCCUCCUCCUCCUGCUCCACCUCAGCCGAGAGCGAAGCCAGCGAGACAGCAACAACAACAACAGCCGAAAGAGGAAGAUUCUGAUUACGUUCCGAGACGAGACGUUCCUCAAGCCGUUGUGAAAGUGAACAACGCCUUACUUCGUUUCGAUACGGUUGAUGAUCGUGUGACUCCGGCCGCGAAGUCGAACGUCCGAAUGGUUCAGCGUGUCGAUCAAAAUCCGCCUUCUUCAUCGGCUUCUUCUUCUGGAACUGCUCUCGGAAGAUUUGAUUUCCCGGCGCUUCCGGCGGCCUCCGCGCCAAUGCUUCCCGCAAACAGCAGCUGGUUGAAUAGCAAAAAUAGUAAAGUUGUAUGUCUUUGACGAUAAAGUUAUCAAAUGGGUUUUCUUUUGUUUCAGAAAUCGGGUGUGAUUUCGAGUGUCACUGUACCAACAAACUAUUCGAAAGCCAUCCAAAACCAGGGGAAGAAGAAGAACAAGGUGAAUGUGCCGAAAACAGAAGUUUGGUCUUCUUUGGGACGAGCUCCAGAAGCUUCAGUUGCAAGUGCUCCAGUCGACACGUGGCAGACGAUUAAACUGUCGAAGGAAGCACAGGCCGAAAAGGAGAAGAAAGAACGGAAAGAGGAAUGGGCACGUAAAAAAGCCGAGGAAAAAGCGGAUAAGGCUGCGGCCAGAGCGGCCGAACAGCUGGAAGCGUCGGAGAGCGAUGCUGAGCCGAUUACUCCGAAGUGAGCCGAAAUAUUUGUGACAAGUUUUCAAAAAAAAUUGUUUUUUUUUCAGAACUCCACCAGUGACGAUCGCGUCCGAACCGGAUUGGCAAACGGCCACGUCGAGGGCUUCUGAAGCUGCCAAGGCCGCUGAAGCUGCUGCGAGUGCUAAGAAAAAUAAGGUCUCCCUUGGAGUUAUGUCAUUGAAAAAUCGGUUUUUAUUUUUUAGAAAAACAAGAAAAAGGCCGAAGAAGCUCUGGCACCAGUUGCUGCUCCAUCUGAGCCCACCCCAGCAGCUACUCUAGCUUCUGCUCCAUUGGCAUCGAAAAGUCCCGCUCAAGUCGAAUCGCCUGUUACUUCCGCUUCUACUCCAGCUGCCGAGUCAGUCAAAGACUCUUAUCAAGAGAAAAUGGAUGCGGUAAGCCUUUGUUGUGAAUAAAAUCAAUUUCAAUGUGCGUUUCAGUUCUGGAAUAUGCCAAAGUUGCCAUCGAUGACGUCGAUGUUCUCAUCGUUCUCGCUCUCCGGAAUGUUGGGAAGAGGUGCUUCUUCUAAUGCCCCGGUAACAUAGUUUUCCGAAUUUACCGAACCUUGAUGUUUUGCAGACACCAACUACUCCACCCACACGUCCACCAGGAUUCGGUGACAUUGUGUUCACGCCUCCACCUGGACUCGGAUUCCCAACUGAAAAAAAAGUGGAAGACAUUUCGUUCGCUUCUGCUCCGAUCCUUUCUCAUGAUGACGUCAAAGAAAAACGUGAGCGGAUGGAAUUGCAGAGACAAAAAGAGAAGGAAGAAGCGGAAAAGGUACGAGUAUCUGGCUGUGAGCCAAGCAUCUGUCUGGUGAUAAGCAGCACGUAGCAUACAAACACCCUACACGUGUUUAUUUUGGCAGGAAGGGGAAACUGGCCGAGUGUACACACGGUCUUUCCCUCCAGCAGCUCGUUCUUCCUCUCGCUUCCCACUGACAAUUAUCGUGUUCUUACAGGAAGAUGACGGCUGGGCGACAACUGGAAAGCCGAAGGCCAAUGGAAAGAACAAGAAAAAGAAGUAA